UAGUAUGUUUGUGCUUCAUUCUUGAAGAUAGUAUUUUUACCGAGUAGUGAAGAACUGAAGAAGUACGAGUAAUAAUAAUUCUGCAACAAUUUAUUAACCCCCGAAUAAAUUAGAAAUCAAAAACCUCCAUUAUCGAACACAAUAUCCUUCAUUUUGCCAAACAAUGAAGCGCAAGAAAUGGUCAGAAAUCGAAGAAAAUACCCUUCUCACCAAAUACGCGGAGCUCCAAAAUUCUGGGACUUUAUCAAAGUUAAGAACCCGAUAGAAGAAAUUCAAGCCAAUUGCUGAUCAUUUGAACGCAAUUCAUCAUCUUCAAGAUCCGAUUAACUACCCAUUUAAGUGGUCAUGGCGAGAUGUAUCGAUUAAGGUCCAAAAUAUGAGGCAUCAGUAUUUGGGGGUGAAGCAGAAAAUUAGGGUUUCAGAUGGGGAUUUUAAUUGGGAUGAUGGGGAGAAUCAUUGGGAGAAUUUUAUCAAGUAUAAGGAGGUUUUUGGGGAUGUAGAGCUUGAAUUGAAGGAUAGUAAGAAAUUGGGUGUUGGAGAUUUUAAUGAAAUUGGACUUUUUGGGGGAAAUGGGGAUGAUGGGUUAGGGUUAGGGUUUGAGAUUGAUUGUGAUGAAUUUGAGGAGGAUGGUGAAGUGGGUGAGGAAGAGGAAGAGGAAGAGGAAGAAGAGGAGGAGAGAGAAGGGGGGGAUUUUGUUUGUGGAGAGGAAGAAGAGAAUGAGGGGAAGAGUGAGAGUUUGAGGAAGAAAUUGAAGAAGAGAAGGAUUGCAAUGUUGGGUGCUAGGGUUGUGGAGUUGAGAAAUGUUUUGGUGAAGAGGGAUGAGAGGAGGAAGGAGAGAGAGUUUGCUAGAGAAGACGGGUUGGCGGUGAAGGAUGGAGGGAGGAUUGAAAUGGAGAAUUUGAAGGAGAAGAGGGAGAGGGAGGCAGAGGAGAGGGUGGAGGAGAGAGAAUUGGAGUUGGAAGAGAUGCAAUUGAAAUGGGCAAGAAAGGAAUUUGAUAGGAAGUUGAGGUUUGAGAGGGAGUUUGAUGAAGAAAGGCGGCGAAGGAUGAAGAUGGAGGAGAAGAGGGAGGAAGAGGAGCUUGAGUGGAGGGAGAGAAUGUUGAGUUUGCAAAUUGAACAUGAGAAGCAAACAAUGCAAAUGCAUGCUGAUGCUUGCCAAAACCAGUUGCAAAUUCUCGGGAUCAUGGCACGGUUUAUGUGUCAGUUUUUCGGGUCAUCCGGUGAUAGUUUGGGCGGUGGACUAGGUGGUCUUCCUCCCCAGGUUUUACAGAAUCUGCAACACCCAGGAGCAGGAGACUUGGGGGAUAACAGCAAGCCUGGGUCCAAUUCUUCUCCAGAGUUUAUGUGAAUGUUUAUUGAAGGCUUAAGUAUUACGGUUGAUGACAAUAAACUGUUCAAGAAGGCUUCUCAUGUGUGUUAUGCUGCUGCUGAAGCUCUUUAAGCUGAUCAUACUUUAAGGUAUGCCAUCUUUGCAUUAGAUUACCUCCUCCCCUGUGUCUAGUUUUAAAGCACACUUAGAAAUUGGAAUCUUAUGUUCUCUCUCUCUUUUCGAGCCUUGUUUUACUUCCUUUUCUCUGUUGCUUUAAUUAUCAUGUUUCAUACCCUGUUUCCUUUCGGUUUCCAUCCUUUGUGUUUUCUUUCCUAACAUAUUUUUGGGUUGGGGUAUCAAACACUUUUUUCUUCUGUAAAACUUUAAAAGAAAUUUUGAGCUAUAUGGGUUAAAUGGUAUUGCCUAUUAUAGGCUUCUUAUGGCCUUUCAAAACUGAAACUUGAGGGCAUGCCAAUAUAAUCGUUAAAAAAAAAUAAGCUCAUUCUAUUUAAAAUAUCGCUUUGCCUUAUUUUUUUUCCAAGUUGAAAUUUUACUGCAAUAGUAUAUUUAUUUAAUUUAUUUGGCCAUUAUACUCUUAGUUUCUUGAAGCUCUUGCUUAACCCGUUGUCGUUUUAACACAAUUUUUGGGUUUCCGGUGCUCUCAUUGAAAAUUUGUGCAGUGCAUGCAUUAGGUGCAUGAUUUGUUGGUUUUCCCUAUUUGUUGUUAUUGUUGGCUAUGGUUGAAUUGUGCACGUAAUAUGUGCGUAGUAUAUUAUCUCAACUCAGAAGUCUGUGGAAGAGGGGAUUGAAUUAAUUAUUUUAUUGAAUUUUCUGCUUAAACACUAGGCUAGAUGUGGAACCUUCAUGGAGUAGCACCUUGGUUUAAGGAGAUUUGAAGAGUCAUUAUCUGAAUAGUUACUUCAUGAAACCUCCAAGGGUUCCAACUAAUCAUCGUAAAUGUUCUGUUGAUUUGCUAGAUAGGAUCUCCGACUAUUAAUUGAAAUUGCUCUGUUGAUUUGCUGCAUAGGAUCAACAAACGAUUAGCCGCAUAAAUGCAUGUUUCCUCCAAUCUUUCUCACCAGCCAUUCAACUCUUGUGUGACUAGUUUGAAGUCUUUGAACUUUCCUGCCAACUACCAAGGCUUUGUUCUUUUAAUCUUUAACCCUUAAAUUUAAGGGAAUAUUAUUUCAGACAAGGUGAUACAAUGUACAAUAAGUUCAUAUAAGUUCGGAUCAUAAGGGCUCCUUGGUUUAUUUUUCAACUAUAGCUACGUUCAGAUAGGGCUAUUCAGGUGAAUAGAAUAAAGACUAACCAUCUAGCUCUCCUGCUAGUCAAAUGUGAUCAUAUAUGUUUUUAAGUUUCCAAUUUCGAAGACUUGACGGAAUUUUCCUUCACCUUGCUAAUUAUUUCAUCCAAAAUUGCUUAAUAUUGUAAGAUUUUUUAACGACGCAAAAUAUUAUAAUUUACGAUCCCAAAAACCAAUAAUUUCAAACAUCAUGAGACAAUAGGAGAGUUUGCUGCAUUCAGUCGCAUGAUGGAGCUGGAAUCGUCUGUUGCUGAAAAUUCUCUUGGAAUGGUAGGAGUCGAACAAUUAUUUCUGGCAAGAAGACAUGCCACACGAACCACAAACUGUAGGUCUGUAGCUCCUAACUGCCAGUCAAACUUGAGUUAGUUGAUCCCCCUUUGAUACAUUGAUUUUAGUCCAUAUCCUUUGCCGAAUCCUUUCAUGUUUCAUCUUUUUUCUUCUGCUAAACUCUGUAUUAAUCAGGUUGAUGAUAUAAUCUCCUCCAGCACUACGUGUUGACCUCAAUAUGUAAGAAAUUGGUGACUGUCAGCAAAUCAUUUCAUAUCUGUUAUGCUGUAUGCUCCUAAAUCUGUCAAAGAAGCUAUACAUACAGAGAUGUAGAUAGGAAAAGUUAAAGGUCAGAGAAAUUAUCUACAAUUAGUUAAAAUUACUUGUUUUGCGCUAUCUGGUGGGUGUUGUGAAGUGAAAGAUUGUGUCCUUAGCUUCUUUUUUGUAACAUCAAGUUUAUGUAUACGAUACUGAAUUUGACUAGAAAUUACGAACAUAUUGUAUUUUUCUAUUAUGAUAUCUUUAAUUACAUAUUAAUAAUAGAUUGGAUGCUUAGAUACUCCA